UAACAGCUUACGUAGGGCACGUGCUGCCCAAAGUUGAGUAAUUCCUGUGUCCUGCACGUUGACAUUGGGACAGUCUCCCGACACUACAGCAGCCCUCAGCUUCACUUCUCCUCCAGGGCAGGAUGGGAGCCUCCUUGUCCACACCUGCUGCUCCUACAGUCAGGGCAGAGGCCAUGAUGGCCGCUCCUCCUCAGGGCUGCCCCAUGCACCAAGAAGCCCCGCCUGUCAAAGUGUCUCCACCCUCAGAGUGUCCCAUGCAUCAAGCUGCGCCUGUAAAAGCGUCUCCCCCGUCGGAGUGUCCAAUGCACCGAGCAGAUCCAGGUCCAGCUCACCAGGACCGGGCCUACGAGUUUGUGGAGUGUCCCAUGAAAGCUGCAGAAGGAAUGAAGAGUGACAUCGACCCAGCCAAUAUGAUGCCUCCUCCCAACCAACAGCCAGCUCCAGACCAGCCCUUCGAUCUCUCCAUGUCCAGACAGGAGUCCAGUAUUCCCCGUCACAACACAGAGAAGAACUGGGUCUACCCAUCUGAGCAGAUGUUCUGGAACGCCAUGCUCCGAAAAGGGUGGCGUUGGCGUGAAGAUGACCUCGGUGCUCAAGAUAUGACCAACAUCAUUAAAAUCCACAACCAGAACAACGAGCAGGCCUGGCAGGAGAUCCUGAAAUGGGAGGCCCUGCACGCAGGUGAAUGUCCAUGUGGGCCAACCUUGAAGAGGUUUGGUGGGAAAGCCAAAGAGUUCUCCCCCAGGGCUCGCUUCCGCCACUGGAUGGGCUACGAGCUGCCUUUCGACCGCCACGACUGGAUCAUUGACCGCUGUGGGAAGGAGGUGCGCUACGUCAUUGACUACUAUGACGGUGAAAUCAACACGGAGAACUACCAGUUCUCCAUCCUGGAUGUACGUCCUGCCUUUGACUCUUUAGAUGCCGUCUGGGACCGUAUGAAGGUGGCCUGGUGGCGCUGGACCUCUUAAACGACCCACACACAUGCACCCACAUUGAGAUGACCGUGUGAAUUUAAACACAGACAUGGACUAUGAAACUGGCGUUCCACAUUUCAGCUCUCGACAAGAUGUGUGGUGCUGUGAACAGGAACUGUAAACAAGACUCAUGAAGAAUCAGAAACGGACUUAGACUACGUUUGUUUUAGCGCAGCCUCACUCACUCAGACUGUAUGACGCUUCAUCUGCUAAUCAUAUUGAUUUCAGUGGAAAACUUUUAGGUUUGCAGGUCAGCAAGUGCAUCUAAAGCUCGUGGAAGUGUUUGUCAGACAAGUCACAUGUGGCUCACACUGCCUCUGGUCAUACAUCUGUUCAGCUGCCUUCACUCUGCUCUCGCUUCAGAUCGAACCGCAGGAACAGCCUGCUCCCUUUAACUAACGCUCCACCAGAUUUACACAUGAAGCUUGUUGUGAGGAUCACUACUCAGCUCGUCCUCUGUGGCCAUGGUGAUGAUGUCGCAGUGAUGUCAUCAGUUAUCUCCUCUUUGGCCUGGAGACGGCACAGUACAAACUGGAGGUGUGGAGCUUAAAGUAAAUGGGGAACUUAACAGGCACCACAGGGGGUUAAAUAAAAGUGGGAAAGCUGCUGCUGUGCUGCAUUAUGGGAAAUGUAGGAUGCAGCAUUAAAGUUUUAACCUCCUGAGGCGUUUGAUCGAUGUUUGUGCAAACUGUUGUUGCUUUUAAUUAGAUUCCUCUCAGACGGCAGCUUUGAAUCAAUGCAUCAUUCUUUGGAAGCAAACGUUCACUGUAAUUUUAAAAAUCCAGAGAUGUGCAAUACCAGAGUUGUGAUUACAGCAUAGUUUAAGAUUUUAAUAGCUCACAUUCUAAUUAUUGCAUAAACUAUAUUCUCAUUUCAUCUAUCUAAAGUCUAAUUUUUGUCAACAUGUUGCCUUUGUGUGAUAAAUGAGGACGAGACGGAAAGCAUGGAGAGGUACGAUGAAAUCUAACGGGAGGUUGUGGUUAAAUGCUGUGCAUCUUGAGCACUUGUCGGCCAUGUUUUUCUUCUCUGGAUCUCCCAUGUGAGGCCACAAUCACACAGAAAGCGUUUCAGCAGCUAGAGACGGCUUUUUGUAAUCGGUGUUAAUGAGAAUGAAGCUUUUAAGUUUUGAAGUUGCAGCACACCUCACAUUUCCGCAGUCUAGGCGCCUGGUGUUUUUGCCGGAGCACUCUGAAAUCCUCAAGUUGAUUAAAACUGCAACUCAGAGCGAAAAAGCGCCCCACGUCAUCUCAUUAUCGGGCCUCCUGUGGUGGUCAUAACAAGUUUACAGUUGGUAAACAAUGGAGGAGAAACUGGUGGUAGUGGUUGCUGGAUACCCAGAGCUAUACGGCCUGACGAUAGACAGCAGGUUGUCAAACUGCCCCUGAGUCAUCCUAAAAUAUGCCUAUAACGUCCAUGAUGGAGGAGAAGCUCCUGGACCAACUGGUGGUACUCCCCAUGAUCCAGCCUCUUUUUUUAGAUCUCCGUUUCCCUGUGCUCAACAAACUAUCGCGCAUUGUGCAACCUGCAAAAGACUUCCUGUGUGUUUGGGGCCUAAAUGAACUUAGCCCACAACCUAACAUUUGUCUUUUUGCGGGAAUGUUCCGAGUCAGUAACCUUUGACGUCGGGAUCCUGCAGGCAGACUGAAGCUCGAUCAGAGUGGCGGCAGUUUGAUGUGAGCGCUCAGUGAUGUGACCUGCUGACUCACUCAGUUCAGUGUAUCUGCUCUGAUUGUAAGGUACCACCUCAGAUCCAUGCUGUCACAUAUCCUGGAGCACAGUGAUGAGUUUUUGUUUUGUCAGAAUAAUCUUUAUUGGUGAGAUGGGUUUGAAAGGGAUACCGUGACGACUGCGCAGUGGUUUAUGGGUGUUAGUGUAGUUUGACCUACAGGAUAUGUAUAGUUAUAUUUUUUUAAAAGGACCAGGAUGGAUAUGAGCCUUGCCAUUAAAUCCUGUAACUCUGUCACUUCUUCCUCUUCUUGUUGCUGUUACUUUGCCCUGAUUUACUUAGAUGACAGUAGCAUGUUCGGAGGUGCAGUUGAAAGCUAGCUGACCACUUCACAUGCUGUCAUGUUCUUGCAACAUACUUGAAAUACUGUAUGACUUUAAAGUUUCAUUUCAACUAACUUUAAAAUUAAUUUUCCUUUUCCAGAUGCUCUCAGUUUCAUUGUUUUCGUGCAGUGCAACAUUUCAUUGCAACUUCCUCAGAAGUGUCAGAAUCCUGUGUUUCAGCUUUGCUUUAUAAUUUUUGUUGCGCUGAUAUUCAGACUUGUAUUUAUUGUUUGAUGAAUGAGUGGAGACUUCUGCGUGCAGAAUCUUGCUGCUUUUGUUCUCCGAAUAAAGUUGAGUGUAAAAAUAAUUUUACUGGCUCUGGUGGUCAGAUAAACUAUCAAUAAAGCUGGUCAUAUUCCACCUCUGAA